AUGGCUCCUCUUUCUUAUGUGGCCCUAGUUGGCCUUUUAUGUUCUACUUCUGUAUCUGCAAAGCCUGUUCAACUUUUUGGAAGAAAUUACAACCCUCCGGCAGUAUAUGGGGAAGCAGCGACUACAGAAAGCAGCAGUUCAACUACUUCUGCAACUGCUUAUGAAAGGGCCUCCACCGCCAGCGAGUCUUCGGCGGUUUAUACAAGCCCAUCCGCUUCGGGCGAAAGCGCAUCAUCUGUUUACUCUAGUUCUUCGACACAAUCAGAAUCUUCGACCAGCGUUAGCUCUUCAGCCGACAGCACCUCCUCGAAUUCGGAGACCUCAGCAGAGACUGCGACUUUGACAGCUCAAUGGACGCCACCGGAAGGAACACCAUGUGCCUGUCCAGUAGCCGAGUCCACAUCCACUACGGAACAAUCAAGUUCAAGCUCAAGCUUUGCCUAUCUACUCAGGGCUCGUAUGGCACCUUAUUACGAAGCGGUGUCCUCAGAAACAAAAAUUGAAGCGGCAAGUUCAAGCGCGGAGUCAUCUAAUGUAUAUUCAACCUCCACUGCAUCUUCGAGCAGUGAAAGCGUACCUCAAAAUACGACAACUUCUUCAGAGGCCUCUUCAUCGACGCUCUCUUCCCUUUCUCCAUCAGCGACCGGUGCUCUCGAGUGCAUUUGUGGUUUAGAUGGAAAACCUGUCUCGGUUUCAGGUGCAAUCUACAAGCCGCAAGCAACUUACGCAGUUAAUACUGGCGAGUCUAUGAUCGCUUCUGCGACGAAAACACAAACACAAGAAAUGAUGAUAAUGGUCACGGAAACUCCCAUCGUUCCGGGCUCACCAAUCAUUGAGCCAGUUCCAACUACACCGGCUGUUCCAAUCUAUACAACCCCAGGAAGCCCAGUGUACAACGAAUUGACUCCUGUAUUGCAGAACCCCCCACCGACCUUAAAGCCAGAAACUCCAGUCACGCCGCCUGUAGCUGGAAUUCCAGAAAAGGAAUGUCCUAUUAAUGAGCCAGUCACCAUCACAAAGAUGGAAAGUGUUUAUUAUACAAUGACCAUGACCGUCAUGGAGACUCCCAAAGAACAGACAGUUCCGAUCUUGAAGACGGAAUCUAUCUCGAUACCAGACAUUGCCAGUAAGGUCGAGACUACUUCUGAGAUUGAAGUUCCUGGUGGGGUUUACGUACCUGCUACAUCUAGUGAGAAGGAGACACCAUCGACUACCGAGGUCAAUACCGCUGUAUCUAGCACCACUGAGAUUGCAUCUUAUGCCCAAACUGCUGCUUCAACAGAAGUUAACACUGCUGCAACAACCGAGAGCCUUUCUUCCACCGAAAGCAUUACAACAGAAAGUAAGACUGAACUAAGCACAAGCGAAGCAGUAUCUUACACAGCAAGUUCAGCCGAAAGUACGACAACUGCAGAGAGCUACACUCCCCCGGGAAUGGUCCAUGAGACUGCGAAAUCCACUGAAGUUAAAUCUGAGUCUACAUCGACGACUUCUGAAGAGGUGAAAACUCAUGAAAUGGCCAAACCAACUGAAAUGGCACAUGAAAAACCAUCUGCUGAGUCCACAACAACCUCUGCCGAAAGCACAACCACAGCUGAGAGCUAUACUCCUCCAGCAAUGGCUCACGAGACUGCGACAUCAACUGAAUCUACCUCAACAACAUCCGAGGAAGUGAAAACUCAUGAAAUGGCAAAGCCAACAACAAUGGCCCAUGAAAUGCCACCUUCUGAGCACGCAAUGACCACGGAAGUUAAGAUGGUUCAUGAGACUUCAGCAUCCGCGUCAAGUUCUACCGAAUCCACCUCCGAAGCAGCGAAAACUCAUGAAAUGGCAAAGCCUACUACGAUGGUCCAUGAGGCACCACCAGCACAUGAAACCAAACCAGCGGAAUAUACACCACCACCGCCCGCGCAUAGCACAACUUCAGAGGCGCCAAAGGCUGAGGAGACUAAACCAGCAGAGCAUGAGAAACCUGCGGAAUAUACACCACCAGCAGAAAAACCAUAUGAGCCUAAACCAGAAGAAAAGCCAUACGAGCCCAAACCAGCGGAAUACACUCCACCAGCAGAAAAACCAUAUGAGAAACCAGCAGCUUACACACCACCACCCGCUCACACCACAACCCCCGAAGCGCCAAAAGCAGAGGAAACAAAACCAGCGGGAUGGACGCCUCCUGUUCACGAGAAACCACCAAUGGCGGAGAAGGAGGAAGAAGUAAAGCCGGAGAAGGAAGAGAUGAAGCCAGAGCAUGAAAAACCGAAACCCGUGGAAGAAAAGCCGGAACAUGAGAAACCUGUUGAGUGGAAGGGGUACUGA